UUUGAAAUUGAAUCGCGAUUUCAAGUGUUGAGACAAUCAGUGGUUUUGAGUUUAAUUGCAAUUAAAUCACACAUUAAUUGCUAGAAAUGUCUCAAAUCAACGCUUAUGUUAUAUCAAAGAAACUCCUGAAUGCGACCACUUUUGGUCAGAUCCGACUCAUACACGGGUCGUCCACAUGUCUGGCCAAACAGAUACCGAUGAGUCGUUUCGACAAAGACUCGUAUAUUCCGUACGAAAAACUGCAAAAUAAUCUCAAAGUUGUCAAAAAGAGACUGAAUCGUCCGCUCACUCUAUCGGAGAAGAUAUUGUACUCGCAUUUGGAUGACCCGAAAGGGCAGGACAUCGCUCGCGGACAAAGCUAUUUGCGGUUACGGCCCGAUCGGGUGGGUAUGCAGGACGCGACGGCACAGAUGGCAAUGUUGCAGUUCAUCUCCAGUGGUCUCCCGAGAGUAGCCGUUCCCUCGACUAUACAUUGCGAUCAUCUGAUCGAAGCGCAAGUCGGCGGCGAUAAGGACUUGGCCCGAGCGAAGGAC